AGUUUCCAGCAACUUCCCAGAUGCUGAACCUGGAGGUAUGGGAGGAGGGAGUGCUGGGCCCUGACCGAGGAACAAGGACUCCAGGACCAGAUAGGAGCUCCCCCGGCACAGCCUAGAGAGGAGGAGCGAGCAAUGGGCUGUGGACCUUCCCAGCAAACAGAGGACCAGAGCCAGAGCCGCAUGCCCUCUCCCAGGAAGGGCUGGGAAGAGGGAUCCAAGGCUGAUGUCAGAGUAACUUCUUCCAAAGAGAAUUACAGUCCCCAAACUGAAGUUGCAUGGCCCAAGGACACCAUAGACAACGCCAAGAGUCUGGACCAACAAGCACAGAUGGGAAGUUUGCCUGGGACUAUUCCAGAAAAUUCUCCAACUCCUAGUAACACAAACAGGAGAAUAAAUUCAGACCCAGUGGCCAAUGGAUUGACCAACAAACCCCAACUCCUGGAGAGUUGGGAGAGACCAAAGUCAUCAGACAUUCUGGAAGAGCUGAUUGUCCAAGGAAUCAUACAGAGCCGGAGCAAAGUAUUUAGAAAUGGAGAGUCAUAUGACGUCAUGGUGGGCACUACAGAGAAGCCACUGAGAAAGCCACCAGCCAGACUGAAAAAGCUUAAGGUGAAAAAGGAGGUGAAGGAUUUCACAAUCCAAGACCUAGAAGAAAAGAUGCAGGCGGCAGAGGAGCGCCGAAAGACAAAAAAGGAAGAAAUAAGAAAAAGGCUACGGAGUGACCGGCUUCUGCCUACCGCUAACCCUUCGGAUGAAACUGAGCUGGGCAGAGUGGAGGUUCCUUUUACAAAAGGCCUUCCAGCUGUGAGUGCCCCUGCUCUGGAGAAGUCCUAUACACAGGAAGGAGAGCCACUAAAGAGGAAGAAGAGCGAAAGUGAUGUGGCCCAGAUGAACCGGAACUACUCCUGCACAGGUUUGGAGCUCGUGGAGUCAGACAUGUAUUAUAACCAAGAGGACAACAUAUUCUAAUACGCCAUUUUAAAAAUCAUUUCACAAAGUGGUCCAUACUUUCCAGUAGGUCUUAGUGUGUCUCACUGUCUUUAAAAAAAAAAUGACUAUGUCUCUACUUGUAAAGACUUCUGCCCUGGGUUUAGGGAUGGUUCUGUGAGCAUCAGGGGAUGGAUUUUAGUUGAGUGAAUUAAAGGCUGUACUUUUAAAAAAAGGGGGGGGGGGUUGUUUCAGAAUGGCUUCCAGCACUAGAGAUCUUAGAUUCGGAAGUCCCUGCCAGCUUACCUGAAUUAUGUUUGUGCCAAAAGAAAUUCUCCCUUUUCGUUUCUGACCUUGGCUAUGUGGGAUGAGUCCUUCACCACGAAAUGCAUAGAUGUGUAUUCCAUGUUGUUUUAAUUUUCUGCGUGUUUCUUCUGUUUUAAUUCUCUGCUGUUUGAGAAUAAAGAAGUGCCUUGA